AUGGAAAGUAAUAAUAAAAUUGAUUCAUCCUUUAAAUCUAUUUUACAAUCAAAAAUUUUGAGAAAUUAUAUAUUUAGAUGGAUAAGAGUAAUCAAUAGGAAGGGUGAAGUCGAUUUAGAAUCGGAUUACGAACAGUUUGGGGAUUCCACGGAAAUUGGUAUUUACAGGUGGCCACAACUGAUCAACGAGCAUUUGGAUCAGCUAAUACGCUUUGGCUACGUAGAGGAAUUUAAAUUGGAGUUUACCAAACGCUUUCAAUCACUAGAUAAAAAACAAUACAACCGGUUGAUUGAUAUACUAUUUCAGAAGCGACGAUUGGAUCUCUUGGAAUUCAUGUUUGAUAUCUGUUUGAAAUUCAUGCCCUUCAAUGUCUAUGAGAUCAACGAUAUCUUCAAACUUGCAUCGAAUUUCACAACACCACCCGAUGUUUGUUUGACAACCAAUGCAAUGGAUCAAGCUGCUAGUAAAGGUCAGUUGGGUGUUGUUGUUUGGCUACACGAGAAUACCGAUCCAUCGCUUGAAGCUUGUACCACAAGCGCUAUGGAUAAUGCCGCGAUAGAAGGACACCUUGAAGUAGUAAAAUUUUUGCAUCACAACAGAACGGAAGGUUGCUCAGAGAAUGCUGUUGAUCUAUCAGCGAGUAAAGGCCACUUGGAUGUUGUGAAAUUUCUGAUUGAAAACAGAACUGAAGGAUCUUCAUCUUUUGCAAUUGAACUUGCCGCAGCCAAUGGUCACCUGGAAGUACUUAGAUACCUUCAUGCCAACUCCAUUUCUGGAUGCACCACAAACGCGCUAAACUUGGCUGCAAAGAAUGGAUAUUUUGAUUGUGUUCGCUUCCUAAGUGAAAAUAGAAGUGAAGGUUGCACACAACUUGCGAUGGACUAUUGUGCAUCCAAUGGAUUCUUUGAUAUUUUAAAAUAUUUACAUUUCAAUAGAACUGAAGGUUGCUCAGAGAAUGCAAUUGAUCGUGCAAGUGCAAAAGGCUACCUGGAGAUCGUUAGAUUUUUGAGAGAAAAUAGAACGGAGAUGUGUAGUUACCAUGCUAUUGAUGGUGCAGCUGGAAACGGACACCUAGACGUAUUGAAAUAUCUUCACGAACACACGAAUGCUGGAUGUAGUCAUCAAGCGAUGAACCAAGCAGCUUGCAAUGGCCAUUUCGAAACUGUAAAGUUUCUCCAUGAAAAUACAACCUUCCGUUGUGAUGUGCAGGCGAUGGACUUAGCCGCAUCGAGAGGUCGCCUUGAAAUCUUGAAAUUUCUUCAUCACAAUCGUAGUGAAGGUUGCUUGUAUACGGCAAUUGACGGUGCUGCAAACGGUGGACAUCUCGAUGUAGUGGUUUUCCUAUGUGAAAAUAGAACGGAAGGUUUCUCGAGGAAUGCGUUAGAAUCAGCGAAAAGACAUCAAUUCAAAUCAAUCUACCGAUAUCUGCAAUCAAAAACACAUUUACUUGUAAAUGAAAAUCGUAGUGGUGGUGUAACCAGACUAGAUUACACUUUAUCUAUUUUACUUAGUUUAAAUCAUUUAACUUUUUGUUUACAAAGUAUACCACCAGCACAGAGAAAUAAAGAAAGAAUAACAAUAUUUUAUAGUAAUAAUAAUAAUAUUAAUAAUAAAAAUAGUUUUAAAAUACGUUCGAAGUCAAGACAAGACAAGGCAAGAUAUUUUAAAUUAAUUUUGGGUGUUUAA